AAAUAUUAUAAUGAGUAAUCCAGACUUUGAACAGUCAACCUAGAUAGCAUUCUUUGCUUUGAGUCCUAGUAAGAUGGUUGAGGAGUUGGAGAAGAUUGAAAUCAUGUCGGAGGUAAAAUGAGAGUAUAUUGAUAGAAUUUUGAUAGUCAGAUGGCAUGUUUAUAAUAUUUUUCAUAUAUUCUUUCAUGGGACAUUGUGAAUGCGAGAUUUUUCUACUAUAAAUAUCAAAAGUUUGUGGAAUAAGAGUUGAUAGGGAGGGAGAUGACAAAAUUUUUGAAACUCGCUUUCGAGAAUAAGUAUUCCGAAUUGAUCAAGGGAUGUGAUAAAUUAUGUGAGUUAUUCAAUACCAUACCUGUGUAUAAGAAAUGGUCGAAUGAAUUGAAAAGUAGAGUUGCUGAUCACUUGAAAAAUUUGGUUGAGAACAAUUUCACUUCUAUUAGUGCUGCUCGUUUAAGUUAGUAUGGGUAUGAUUUGAGUAUAUUUAAAAGAGGUAAACCCCAAGAUAAGGCCUUUGUGAAGAUUGAGGAGAAGGAGUAGGAGAGAACCACAAUCGACAUAGAGAAAUUGAGUUAGAUGGCGAGGUUGAUACAAAAUAUGGAGAAUAAGUGAAGUUUAUAAAAAGCUAUUUAACACAUAAUUCUUUUA